UCUACGACCGAGUGAGGAAACUAACCCCGGAACGGAUGGCGAUGAAGUGGCUUCGGUUUUCGCUCCUCGUCUUGGGGGUUUUCUCGCUUUGCUGCGCCACGUCUGGUGACAGCAGCGGCGUGAAGAAGAUGAAGAUGCAGUUUGCGACGGGACCUCUGCUCAAGUUUCAGAUUUGCAUUUCCUGAGGGUACAAGCGGGUGUUUGAGGAGUACACGCAGGCCUUGUACCAGCGGUACCCAGACAUCCGCAUUGAAGGGGAGAACUAUCUUCCUAUACCCAUCUAUCGACACAUUGCUUCCUUCCUGUCUGUGUUCAAACUACUGGUGAUUGGGCUGAUUAUUAUCGGCAGGGACCCUUUCGCACUCUUUGGUAUGCAAGCCCCAGGCAUCUGGGAGUGGGGCCAGGGAAAUAAGAUAUAUGCCUGCAUGAUGGUGUUCUUCCUCAGUAAUAUGAUUGAAAACCAGUUAAUGUCAACAGGAGCAUUUGAAAUCACGUUAAACGAUGUGCCAGUGUGGUCAAAGCUGGAGUCAGGUCACCUGCCCUCCAUGCAGCAGCUUGUGCAAAUCCUGGACAAUGAGAUGAAGAUGAACGUUCACAUGAGCACAAGACCACACCACCACUCUUAACCCUAUUAUUCCAUUCCUGGCUGGAGCUUAAAGUCCCUCCAUGUUUGAGGUGGGUUUCUCACUGGGCUGUGAAGUGAUGUUUAUGAACGUCUGCGCUGAAGGCAGGGAGACUGCUAGCACAGACUGGAUGCCCUCAUCACUCUUCACCAUGCCACUUAGAGAUAUCCUGCCCCCGACGCCAGAGUGGGAUCCAUGGCAACAGUCCUGGCCAUUCUGUCAUUUUCUUGUACUAUUCAUACUACUGCAGAUUUCAUCCAGGUGAUAUUAGUGGUCCCAUGACAAGAGAUUUAACAUUGAUUCUUGUAGUCUUUAACUUGUUACAUAUAAUUGAUCUAUGUGAAUUAAAAAAAACAAACGUGUCAUUUGUACCACUGAGCCAUAUGUAAAAUUUUAAGUUUAUUGUUCCAAAAGUAGUUCAUCAAGUAGAAAAAUGCAACACUUAAAAUCUGUCAUCACUGUUGUGGAAAUUACUAUUGGGAAAGUGUUUCUUGGUAUGAUUUCUGAAUAAUUUUUAUAUUUACAUACCUUGGAGGAAGCUAAGAAGAUUAAUAAAACAUAUUGUAACUAUU